AUGGCCCCCGCUCUCGACGUCUACGACCACUCCUCGGCCGAGAACCGCACCGUCGGCGCCCUGGGCGCCACGACCUCGGGCAAAAAGCUCAGGGUCCGUUCGUACCCCAAGUUCGAGUCGCUCGAGGAGGAGCGCCUGUACCGCAAGCAGCACCUCGCCGCGGCCUUCAGGGUGUUUGCCGACCGGGGGUUUGAUGAGGGUGUGGCGGGCCAUAUCUCGGUGCGGGAUCCGAUUUUGAGGGAUCAUUUCUGGCUCAACCCUCUCUCGCAGCACUUCUCCCAAAUCUGCGUCUCGGACCUGAUCCUGGUCAAUGAAGACGGCGAGGUCGUCGUGGGCGACGAGCCCAUCAACGCCGCCGCCUUCGCCAUCCACUCGGAGAUCCACAAGGCGCGCCCGGACGUCGACGCCGCCUGCCACGCCCACAGCGUUUAUGGGAAGGCGUUUUCCGUGUUUGGGCGUGAGCUGGACAUGAUGACUCAGGAUAGCUUGCGGUUUUACAAAUCCCACGCCGUCUAUGAUAAUUUUGGCGGGGUAGUCUUGGAUCGUGAGGAGGGCAAGAGGAUUGCUAAAGCGUUGGGCAAUGGGAAGGCGGUCAUUCUUCAGAAUCAUGGGCUGUUGACUUGCGCGAAGACGGUCGACGCCGCAGCCUUCUGGUUCAUCAGCCUCGACAAGACCUGCCACGCCCAACUGCUCGCCGACGCCGCCAGCGCCGGCAGCGGCCACAAGAAGAAGCUCAUCUCGGACGAGGAAGCCGAGUUCUCCUACUCCCAAGUCGGCACCGACGAGAAGGGCUGGUUGGCCUUCCAGGGAUACUAUGACGAGCAGCUGGCCAAGACGAAUGGCGGGUUCUUGAAAUAG